AUGAAAUAAGAAAAAGACAUAAUAUUUAAUGGAGAAUUUGAAGAUAGUGAAGAGGAAGAUGAAGAUUAAUCAUAAGAAUAUGAUAGUGAUGAAGAUUUAAAUAAAAAAAAGAAAAAGAAAUCACUUUUAAACACAAAUAAAAAUUUAAUAAUGAAUGUUUCAGGUAUCUCCAACAUAAUUAAAUAGACACUCAGUAUCCCGUAGUGAAAUUUGUAGGAAAAAUGAUUUAUAAGUUUAAACUACAAUAUGUUCCCUAUUAAGAAAUUAAUAAUUGGGAUUUUUGUUGGACUGACAAUGCUGUUCUUCCUGAAACUUUGGCCAAAAUGCAAUGUAACAUACAUUUUUAUAUUAUUUAUAAUAGCUCAUUAGAAGAUUAAUCAUUUUCCAGGUAUGUAUUCAUUGGCUCGUAAAAACCAUUUAGGCAGAAAUUUGAACAAAAUGCAAAAGCAGUUCCCAGAAGAAUAUGAUUUUUUUCCGAGAACUUGGAUGUUACCAAAUGAAUAUAAUGAUUUUAAACAAUAAUUUGGUAAAGCUAAAACAUUUAUACUUAAACCUGAAGCAUCAUGUUAAGGCAGAGGUAUAGUUUAAGCUAAUAUUAAUAGGAAUCUUUUUAACUCGCUCUAUAGAAUCAAUAAAUCCUACUGAACAUUAUGUUGCAUAAAGAUAUAUUCAUAAACCACUCCUUAUUGAUGGAUUAAAAUUUGAUUUGCGAAUGUAUGUAUUAAUUUGUGGGUGUGAUCCUUUAAGAAUAUAUUUGUAUAAAGAAGGUUUAGCAAGAUUUGCAACUUAAACAUAUAUUGCUCCUAAUACAAAUAAUUUAGAUGAUGUUUGUAUGCAUUUAACUAAUUAUGCAAUAAAUAAAGAUAAUCCAAAUUUUAUUUUCAACUCUGAUGAAAAGAAAAUGGAUGUUGGACAUAAAAGAAGUAUGUCCAGUGUUUUUUAACUAUUAAGAGAUUAAGUAAUUUUUAUUAAUUAUAAAUAGAAUCAUAAUGUUGAUUAAUUAUUGGAUGAUAUAAAAGAUUUAAUAAUAAAAACAUUUUGUUCUGUUUAGCCAAUUUUACAAUAAAAUUACACAUAAGUUGAUAAUUAUGCAAAUAAUAUGUGUUUUGAGAUUCUUGGCUUUGAUAUUUUGAUAGACAAUUCUUUAAAACCAUAUUUACUUGAAGUCAACCAUACACCUAGUUUUACUACAGAUACACCAUUGGAUCAAUAUAUAAAAAAGAAUUUAAUAGCUGAUACUAUUACAUUAAUGAAUAUCAAUGUAAAAACUAAGAAUGAGGUUAUUUAAUACAAAAAGGAUGAAAUGUAGAAGAGAGUGUUAACAGGCAAAAAGACAAAGUUAUCAUCUGAAGAGAAGAAAUAAAUAAAAUUAUAAUAUUAAAAAUAAAGAGAUGAUUAUGAAUAAUAGAAUAAGGGUAAUUAUGAAUUGAUUUAUCCAUGUUCUAGAUCUUAUGAAGAGUAUUUAUAGCAUUCAUUAAAAAUAUAUGAGGAGUGGACUGGAGCAAGUAAAUUAUUAUUUAAUUAUCUUAGAUAUAAGAAGAAAUUAGAAAAAGGAAUCUAUUUAAAUAAAUUAAGAUACUUAAAAUAAAUCUUAAUCUUUACCAAAGAAGAUUUUACUUGAGAAGAGGAGUACUUUGUAUAAACACAUUUAGAGUAGAAUCAAUACAAAUUUAUUUCCUAUUAAUAAAAAUGAAUAGAAUAAAGGGGAUGAAAUUAUUUAAGAAGGUGAAGAACAACUUCCAAAUUAAAUAAAAACAAUACCUGAGGUUGAUAAUGAUAAUUAUGUUCCUUAUGAAGAUUAUUAACAAAAAUCAUUGGAAUCAAUCAAAGAUUUUUGUGGUUAUACAGAAAAACGAGGAAUAGAAUUGUAGAUUUUGGAUUUGAUUUAAUAUAGGAAGGCUGAUAAUAGGCUAAAUAAUUCCCUCAUUUAUUAACAAAAUGGAUAAAAUAUUUUAUCUCCAAUAUCAUAAAUUAAGGGAGUCUUAUAAGGUAUGGGAGUUAAAAAUGAAAAGCAAUUUGCAAUAAGAAAGAAUAAUAAAAAUGUUAAAUCUACAUAAAAAUAAAAUUACGAAUAUGAAUAGGAUAAAUUAUAAGAAAAUUCAAUAAAAUAAUAAAUAAUACCAUCUCUAUAAAUAUAAUAAUAGAAUAAUUUAUAAGGUGUGAAUGGUGCCUAUAUUAAACCAAAAGUAUUUAGUUUAAAAUUAUAACAUCCUCCAAAAGGAUACAAAUUACAAUCUCUCCCAUUAUUGAUGCAAUAAAAUUAUACUAAAUUUAGAUAUGAAUGA